GGCCUAUGUAGUGUUCUUGGGGGCAAUGCAGCCCGUGGUUCUGGCGCUAUCUCUAUGUCCUUGGGCAGGGCCAACAAUGCUCAGCUCCCACUGCCGCUGCAGCACGCCAACUCGCCAGCACUCGCCCUGCCGUCGCCGCCGCCCAUGUCCUAGCCGUGCAUCCCUCCAGCGCUGUCCCGUCACAAUGUCUCUGCUUGCCAAGUGGCCACGGGCGUCUCUGCAGGCUCUCGCAAUCCCAUGGGCAUGUGAUGAGACUGGCCUCGCGUCAGAGGCAUCCACGCAAAGGGCAGAUGCUACUCGGAAUGUCCAUGGAUCCAGGUGCGAGGGUGGCUAUGGGGCGAGCCAUGAAGCCUCACUGCUCUCUGGGCAAUGUGUGCGACGUCACGGCCCCUGUGGAGGUUGCCGUCCUUACGCGCGUCGGUAGCGGGGGCGCCCGUAUGGAGUCUCCAACGCGUCCACUGUACGGGCCUACUGGGGCGCGGCUCACACAGGAGCCGCAACAGGAGCGCAAAAUACCGCUCGACUAUUUUGGUGUUGGACGCAGCAUCUGACGCACGCGCACCGGGCUCCGUCUCUUUUGAUGAAUUUUGGGUUUCAUGACAAGGCAACCAAGAGGUGCGAGAUGAGAGGUAAGAGAUGGAAGCGAGGGCUCGCAUGGCCCCUCAGGGAGUAAUCAACAGGUUCGUCUUGGGCGCGGGCGCGCAAACGUGCCUUGUGCGUGUAGUCGAUGUGCCAUUGGCCUGGGCACUCUUGGAGUUGCAGCGCAUCGCCCUGGACUCUGCUUGUCGCCUCUGCACGUGCGAUUGCAGCUCUGUUGACUGGCCAACGUGGUAUACAGCCUGUGCAGUCAGCGUGAAGUUGCUUCUGGACCGAGAGCGAAAAGACGGCAUGCGGACAGAACAGGCGACGAGGAGAAAAUGCGCUGGCGAGCACUGCCAUGUCGGCGCGCUUUGAUCACAGGCAGACGGGGUUCAUGCGAGGGC